UCUAUAUCAGAUAGGUUGGCUUGUCUUUGCUCUAGAGAAGGGCGAGAGAAGACCAAGGCUCCUGAAGGUGGAGACGCCUCCCUCCUAACCAAGCAAAGUUCUCCAAACAAGACUUAGCUAGAACCAAGCCCUGUGGAAAUCUGCCUCAAGCACUGGCUCAUGUGAAGGCUCUUCUUUUGCUUGACACCAAGGGCCUCCUUCCACCAUGGAAUGGGAGCCGAUGCCUCUGGACCUGAAUGGCAAGUGGCACUAUCAAUUCCGAAUCCUCUUGCUUGGGGAUUCAACAGUGGGCAAGACCUCUCUGCUGAGGCGCUACACGGAGAGGUGCUUUGUUCCUUCCCCGUGUCCCACCGUGGGAGUUGAGUUCUACAGUAAGAUGAUGGAGUUGCCUCCAGGAAUCAAGGUCAAGCUCCAGCUUUGGGACACGGCUGGUCAAGAGAGGUUCAGGUGCAUCACCAGGUCUUUUUACCGCAAUGCAGUGGGUGUGCUGCUUAUUUUUGAUAUGACCAACCGAAGGUCCUUUGAGAACAUCUUUGAGUGGUACAAUGAAGUGACCAACGUUAUGGAUAAAGUAAUCUUCCUCCUAGUUGGCCACAAGUGUGACCUUCGGUCAAUGAACGGGAUCACCACUGAGGAAGCGGAAGGAAUGGCAACUUCUUUGGGAACACACUUCAUUGAAACAUCAGCCAAGGACAACAUCAAUGUAGAUUUAGCUUUUGAGACCAUAGCCAAUACUAUCUGCAAGGCUCUGAGAAACAAGGAAAUUGAUCUGCAGGAAGGAUGGGAUGGUGUGAAAGUGAUUCAUAGGAGAACUAGCAGUCUCCAGAGAAAGAAGCAGCCACCAUCAGAAGGAAAAUGCCAGUGUUAAACAAAUUAAAGGUGUGGGACAUUCAAGCAUUUAGAGGACAAAUGAACAAACUCUUCUGUAGAAAGGUCUCUGAGAUACUAAUAGCAGAGCUACCAGCCAAGUGUUUCACUGUAAUAGCAUCAUUCACUCAUCACUAGCCUACCAGUCUGGUUCCUAGAGGGAUAUGUUAUGUGUAGUUCUUGUAUGAGGCCCAGAGAUAGCCAGACAGCCUUGAGGGGAACACAAUGCUCUAAGCCUGCUGCCACACUGUAGAAAUAAAGUCAUUCAGUCAGUCAUAAUUUAUUAUGGCCCACAGACCCAACAUUUAGGCAUUCAGUCAAGAUACUCAAGUUCUCAAAAUUUCCCACAGUACAAUUCCCCACAAUAAAACAAGAGGUAAGGAAGUUGCUAAAUAUAACCCUAACCCUAAUUCUAACACUAAUUGUCCCUUUAUACAUAGUGGGUUCUGAUCCUAGCUGCCUCAGCAAGAAAUUUGGUAACUACAAGAGUGACAUUUGAACAUUUAUCUUCCAGCAAGAAUUGUACAUAAAAAAGAUCUGAUUUUCUAUUCAACUUACUUAAUAAUGGAUCAAUUCUGGCUUGUCAAAUCUGGUUGUAAAGACUAUGGUGCAGCAAAAUAUGUUUCAUAGACUCUACUUCCAUGUCAUUACAAACUGCAGAUAGAAAUAAAACAGUUUAACACCGCUUUAUCGUCCAUGGUUUAAUGUGCUAUGGAAUUCUGGGAUGUGUUGUUUGGUGGGGCACCAGAACUCUCUAACAGGGAAGUUUCACAAAACUGCAGAAUUCCAUUGCAUUGAGUUAUGCCAGUUAAAGUAGUGUCAAACUACUUUAUUUCUGCAAUGUGGCAACAGCCUCGGGCAAUGGUUCUCAGCAUUUGUCGUUCAGAUGUUUUGGGCUUACACAGAAACAUAAUGUUUUGGACCACUGUUCCUUUUAUCCCAGUAUUGUCAACUCUGACUAGCAACAAUGUCAGUCCAGGGUUUCAAGUGGCAUUAUUUAACAGCCUUAUCUGGAGAUCUCUGAUGAUACACAGCUUGGAUCCAGAUUAUUUGAAGAACAAUAUUUCCCUUUAUGAGCCCAGUACUGGUCAUCGACUAAUAAAUUUCAUUUCAUUUAUGAGCACAGUAGUGCACUAAGAUCACCAGGAGAGGCCUCUUUCCCAUGACCUUCUCAGCCUUGUUUGCUGGCUACAAGAGACAGGGCCGCCUUGGUAGCUGCUCCCAGGCUCUGGAACUCCCUCCCUAGAGAGCCCAGGAUGGCCCAUCCUUGCUCUCCUUUCGGAGGCAGAUAAAAACAUACUUGUGCCAUCAGGCUUUCUCAAACUGACAAGAGUUGGACUUUAAGUGCUGUACAAUUCAGAUGUUAAAGUUUGUAUAGCGUUUGUAAUACCUUUUAGAUUUUAAUGUGUAACGUUUAAAAAAAAUUGUUUGUUUUUUAAUCUACAUUCUAAUGCAUUUGAAUUGUUUUUAAUUUGUACUGUUUUAAAUUUUUGCUUAACCGCCUUGAGCCCCUCUCUUGAGAGAAAGGAGGAAUAUAAAUAAAUAAAAUAAUAAUGUCCUAUACUAGUACCAACAAGGUCCAACCCUGCCUUGCUUCUGAAAUCAGAUGAGAUUCAGAAUGUUCUGCAUGGAAUGGUGUCCCAACUCUAGGACAGUGGUUCUCACCCUUCCUGAUGCCACAACCCUUCAAUAUAGUUCCUCCUGUUGUGGUGACCCCUCAACCAUAAAAUUGCGUUGUCUCGGUUUUCUAUUCAGCCUGGCCUGAAUAGCUUGGAUUGUCAAAGCCUGUGUUGGCAUAUGCUUCAUAAGAUGGAGGAGGAUCUGCUGGUAGGAGUUCUCCUUGGUGUGUUAUGGUUCCAUCUGGCAUGAACCACUGGAAAUAUGUGUUUAAAGACUGAAUAUAUAAGUAUGUGAAGCUUGUUUAAAAUAUGUAUAUAGGAAAAAUAAGGUUUAUUAUUUGAAAUAGUAUUUUAUGAUAUAAGUUGGGAUCUGUUGAACAUUUAGAUAAUUAAUUACUAAUUAUUAACAGGAUAUCAGAUAUUGAGUAAUGAAGAAAUUCCAGGACUCCAUUUGGGAAAGGAAUAUCUUUUAGAGUUCUUUCUUCUUUCUUUCUCUCCCCCCCCCCCCCCCUUUCCUUUAUCUGUCUUUUUCUAUUUCUUUCUUUCUUUUUUGUUUAUUUGGUCUGCUUAUAAUUUUUUUAUGUUUAAUAAUCUAAUUGGAUAAAUGUAUGUAUGCAAUAAGAUUAAAUAAAAAAAAUAAUUUUUUUUUAAAAAGGGGGUCGCGACCCACAGGUUGAGAAGCACUGUCUCGGAGGUGUACUCUCAGAAUUUCUCUGGCUAUAUUGCCAGAGGCUUUGGGGAGUUGAAGUCCAAGACAGCAUCAGGACCAUAGGUUUAGAUGUCAUUCAAGAAGGAAAGAGAGAUAAAGAACCUGAAAAAGCUUUAACAAUUUCUUAAAGCAACUUUGAAAACUAAUAUAUCAACAUAAAUGGUCCACAAAUAUGUAAUUGAAUGCUUGGAUCUUACAUGUAAGGAAAGAGAAUAUUUCAGCUGUUUAGCAGAGGGGCAAUACCAAAUUUGUUUAGGAAAGAGUUGGAAAAGAGGUAGGGAGUAUAUUGGUGUGCAAUGCAUGAAGGAUGCAAGAGUGCUGAGAACUUUA